AUGUCGAAAACCCGGAAAAUGGCGGACGAACUCUAUGAGACUAACGUUGGCAUUCAACGCACCAUACAGACACAUAUGACAUGGGAUCAACGUCGUCAGUUGGCAAUUGAUAUCUCAAAUUUAGCUCCACCUGAUCUUUCUGGUGUUUUGUUAAUAAUACGCAAUUAUGGUCAAGUUCUUGAGAUGCGCGAAUUGCUACCACAUAAACAGCAUGUGUUACCAUGGGAAGAGCAUGUUCAAGAUAAUGUACAACUCAUACCUCGAAAAGAAAAUUGGGAUAAUAUUCAAUUGCAGUGUAGCUUUCGCUUAGAUCAUGCAGAUGAUGAAUUGCUUCAGCAGCUACGGCAAUAUGUUGACGACUGUUACAUUCCUCACUUUGUUCCAAAAGAGAAUUGUAAUAUUUGUGAAGGACUUUGGUCAUGUGGGCGUAUUGUUUAUUGUGGUAAUGAUGCAUGUCCAAUUCGAGUACAUGAAGAAUGUUUUGGUGUUGUCCUGCGAGAACAAAUUGACGGUCCAUGGCGUUGUCCGUCAUGUUUACUUGGCAAGCAGCUUGUAUGUGCUGUCUGUAUGCAGUAUGGUGGACCACUUAAGCCUUUAACUAUGUCUGAAUCAUCUUCAGGUGAUGAACAAAAGUGGGUACACGUCUUGUGUGCAUUGGCAAUUCCAGAGUUAUUGAUGCGAGAUGUUCCCACUAUGGAGCCUGUCGAUGGCUUUGAAGAAAUAGACAAUGGAAGAUUUCGAUAUUUAUGCGCUAUCUGUCGCAAACGUGGUGGUGCUUCCGUUAUAUGUGAGGCAGAGGGUUGUAAUGUGGGUGUUCAUCCACUCUGUGCAGCUGAUGCUGGCCUUAUGAUUGGGAAUGAAGGCAAUUUGCUUGGAGUGUACUGUGAUAAGCACUUGCCUACUUCUCGAAUUCCAGGAGCCAAGCGCUGGAUUAGUGAUGAGGAUCUCGUAGAGGAGAUUAUGAGCGAGUAUUCGAUUGACGAAGACUUUGAUGCGGACGAUAGCGAUACAUUACGUUUUAGUGAUACUGAACGCUACGCUUUUGUACUAGAAUCGACCCCAUACUAUCAUUGUCAACAACAGUUGCUAGGUUCAACUGCUACAUUUAACUUUGGUCCAGCUCCAUUUUCAGCAAUUGGUGAUCAGACUAAUGAUAUUGACCGAAAAACUUUUUUCGGGACGAAAAUCACUGCCAAUGCUUACGUACCACCGGCUAUGGUCGUUCAGAAUCUCAAAACGCAAAGGCCGAUGCUCUACCCACCUCCAACGUUAUCGUCUCGCGUGAUGCGACUGGGUCUUCCCGAGUUUCCAAAAGAAACACAUUUAGUUGGAGCUAUUGUGGAGUAUUCAACUAAAGCUAAGGAUGAGUGGCUACGCGCUCGUGUGGUGCAGUGGGAUAAGGAGAAGAAAGAGCAUCUUGUGCAUUUAAUAGCAUCCGACCAGAAGCUAUGGACAAAGCUGAACGUGGAGAAUUCAUUGAUACUGUACCUCCCAGAUGAAGUGAAUUUAGUGGAUGGUCCAAUUGUGAAGCUCAUACGUCCCGUGAUCAACGGCAUCGUGCAGUGGCGCCCUAAGCCACGUCAGUUUGCACCUGCAUCACCAUGA